AUGGCUAUUAAAUUUUUGGCUCUUUUUAAAAUUGUUAUUUUUUACUUAGAUAAGCCAGUAUUAUCACCUGAUGAUGUGUAUGCCAUUGCUACUUGUAAUGGUAUACAAGUGGAAGGACAGAAAGACAAUGACACAGUCAUUAUGGCCACAGUGAAGGACUCUCUUAAUCACACUGUGCAUCGUUGCAACAUUUCAUCUUUGCCAUAUCUGAUUAAUUAUACUGUACUCCCUCCUGAUAUUGACUUUAAUAUUGAAUUUGUUGGUGUUAAUCCAGCUGGAUGUAAAAACUUAGCUACAUACAAUGUACAAGAUGUGCUAGUAUCUACUGAAGGGAAUGGAUCAGUUAGUGUACAGUGUGUGUUUGUAUCAGGAUCAACUGCUGAUGGAUGUGAUGUUGUUUUUACUGAUACUGAUCAGGAAUCAUCUUGUAAUGUGUCACUACUGCUGAACCAAGAGCCUACACUGGUAACACUACCAGCUGGUAAUUACACAGUGACAGCUUACGACAAUAUUAAUGGAUCACUUUAUGGACCUGUUAUCCAAUAUCCAUCAUCAAUAGAAAUUCAAGCUACUAGUACAACUCCUCCUAUAGAAGCCAGUGAAGGCACUAGUAUUACUGUAUCUCCAACAUCUUCUAGUGCUAGUGAUAUUACUGAACCUCCAACAAGUACACAGUUUCAAAUUUUGUCAUAA